AUGGAGAUCUCGUAUGGCGCAGCUGGCUACAAAGGUCUCGUUCACGAGCCAUACAUCUUCUUUCUCGCAUGUUUUGCAAGCAUUGGUGGUGUGUUAUUUGGUUACGACCAAGGCGUAAUCAGUGGCGUUCUGGUGAUGAAUAACUUUGCCAAACAAUUUCCAACCCUCUCCGAAGAUGCGACUCUCCAAGGGUGGAUGGUGGCAGUACUCACACUGGGAGCAAUGGUUGGCGCAUUGGUCAAUGGCCCAAUUGCUGACGCCCUAUCUCGUCGCUGGACUAUUCUCCUAGCCAACAUCAUCUUCCUCAUCGGCUCGAUCAUCCAAGCUGCGUCGAUCAACAUUCCCAUGAUAUUUAUCGGCCGCUUCAUUGCCGGGUUGUCGAUCGGCCAGUUGUCCAUGGUUGUUCCCCUAUACCUGAGUGAGCUCGCGCCGCCAAACCUUCGAGGAAGUCUGGUCGCGCUUCAGCAGCUUGGCAUUACAGUGGGAAUCAUGAUUGCUUUUUGGCUAGAUUACGGGACCCAGCAUAUCGGAGGUACAGGUGACGGCCAGUCUCCUGCAGCUUGGAGACUCCCGCUCGCUCUCCAAUGUGUGCCCUCAAUAAUACUUGGAGCUGGGACCUUCUUUUUACCAUACACCCCGCGUUGGCUUUUGAUGAAAGAUCGCGAGGAGGAUGCGCUUGCCACCCUUGUCCGCAUCCGGCGUGUCCCCCCAACAGAUGCUCGGCUUAAGCUCGAGUUGACAGAGAUCAAGGUCGCAGCCCGAUUUGACAUCGAGACAACCGCCGAGUUGUUUCCUGGCGUCACUUCACGCCUGAAACUCACGUUGGAGAGAUACAAGUCGCUCUUCGUUGUUCGCCAUCUCAAUCGCCGCUUGGUGAUUGCCUGCCUCCUUCAACUCAUACAACAAUUUACCGGCAUCAACGCUAUCAUCUAUUAUUCGCCGACAAUCUUCCGGAACAUAGGACUCUCAGACAACUCCGUAGAUCUACUAGCAACUGGUGUCGUUGGGGUCAUUAACUUCUUCUCCACCAUCCCCGCCAUCAUGUUCAUGGACAGAUGGGGGCGGAAGAAAGUCCUCCUCAUCGGCGGAGUUGGCAUGGGGGUUUCCCAACUCAUUGUUGGAACUCUUUAUGCUGUCUACAAAGACAGCUGGGCAAGCAAUAAGUCAGCUGGGUGGGCUGCUGCGUUCUUUAUAUGGGCCUACAUCGCCAAUUUUGCUUUCAGCAUCGGAUGCGUCAACUGGAUUGUGCCUUCGGAGAUCUUCCCGCCUGGAGUCCGAUCCCAAGCGGUUGGUCUUGCGAUUGGAACCAAUUGGCUGAGCAACUUCAUUGUUGCUCUCAUCACUCCCCGAAUGCUCGAGGCGAUCACAUUCGGCACAUUCUACUUCUUCCUAGCGUUCUGUGUAAUUCUCAUUGUAUGGGUCUACUUCUUCGUUCCCGAAACCAAGGGAGUUCGGAUCGAAGAGAUGGACAAGCUUUUUGGUGGUAAUCAAGGAGAGGCGGACAUGACCAGAAUGGCAAUUAUCAGGCAACAAUUGGGAUUGAUUCAAGGGGAUGAGUUGACGAAAGAAGUUAGUAUGGGAUUUAGCGAGGUGGAAAAGGUAUGA